CACACACACACACACACACACACACACACACACACACACACAGUCGCAGCAGCAGCAGCAGGAAACAUGAGCGGACGACUCGGAGACUUGAGUCCAAAACAGGAUGAAAUCUUAACCGAGUUUCGGGGGAGGAUCCAGGACAUCCUGCCCUCCUUACCUGCUCAGCAUGACCACUACCUCCUCCGCUGGCUCAGAGCCCGAAGCUUCAACGUUCAGAAAUCUGAAGCCAUGAUCAGAAAGCACGUCGAGUUCAGGAGGAAGAUGAAAGUCGACAGCAUCAUAUCCGACUGGAAACCUCCGGAGGUGAUAGAGAAAUACGUCUCUGGAGGGAUGUGUGGGUACGACCGGGAGGGGAGUCCCAUCUGGUAUGAUGUGAUUGGUCCUCUGGAUCCUAAAGGUCUGCUGCUGUCCGCCACCAAACAGGACUUCCUGAAGACCAAGAUCCGAGACACGGAGAUGAUGAGGAGGGAGUGUCGGAGGCAGACGGAGAAGCUGGGGAAGAACAUUGAAGCCAUCACUCUGAUCUACGACUGUGAAGGACUCGGACUGAAACACAUCUGGAAACCUGCGAUCGAGACUUACGGAGAGGUCCUCACCAUGUUUGAGGAGAACUAUCCAGAAGGGCUGAAGAGAGUGUUUCUUAUCAAAGCUCCCAAAAUGUUUCCGAUGGCCUACAACCUCAUCAAACACUUCCUGUGUGAGGAAACACGGCGGAAGAUCAUUGUGUUAGGAAGUAACUGGCAGGAAGUGUUACGUAAACAUAUCGAUCCAGAGCAGCUUCCUGUGGUGUACGGAGGAACUCUGACCGACCCUGAUGGAGACCCGAGCUGCAGAACCAUGAUCAAAUAUGGUGGCACGGUACCCAAGUCGUACUACGUCCAGGACUCGGUGAAGAUUGAGUACGACAGCAGCGUGACGAUCAGCCGCGGGUCCGUCUUCCAGCUGGAGUAUGAUGUCACGGCGCCGAGCAGCCUCCUGAGGUGGCAGUUUGCCAGCGAUGGAGCAGAUAUCGGGUUCGGAGUGUACAGACGGACCGCAGAGGGCAAAAGUCAGAAAGUGUCCGAGAUGCUGCAGGUUCUGCCCAGCGAACGCUACAACGCUCACCUGGUCCCUGAAGACAGCUGCCUCACCUGCCCCGAGCCCGGAGUCUACGUGCUGUGUUUUGACAACAGCUACAGCUUCAUUCAGUCCAAGAAGGUGAGCUACAAGGUGGAGGUUCUUCCUCCUCCUCCGGACGGACAGACGCCGAGUCCACACAGCCGAGGAGAGCGAAGGCUGCAGUGACCGAGUCCAGAAGACACAAGACGAGUUCACACAGUUCCACCAAACACCGACAGAGACGCCGACACUUCUGCAUCGGGCGACUUUAACCCUCUUUGGGUGCGAUACCUCUCUGAUCCUGUGCACUGUGCACGUAUUAGAUCAUGACUAGCAAUUAGUUUCAACUGAGAAAAGUAACUUAAAGGGCCAGUUCACCACAAAAUCGAAAAAUAUGUGUCCAGAUUGUUUUCGGCGUGAGAUGAAUAACACCGCUAGUGUUUUGUGCUGAACUGUCCCUUUAAUGGAUCUGUUUCUGAAGCUUUACAGUGUUCUUUGUAAUUGAAUAUAAAGACUGUGAGGAGUCCCGACACGCCCGACUGAAGCUUAUGUGUUGGCAGCUGAGGCGACAGAAGGAGUAAAGUUACUUUCCGAGGUCAUCCAUCAAGAGGAGCUGUUCCUGAUUGUUGUUCCUGUAUAAAUGAUGUUCUCUAA